AUGGACAAUUACAGACCCAUAUCGAUUCUACCUGUUCUAUCGAAAGUGUUUGAAAGAGUGGUUCAGAAACAGUUAUAUGAAUACCUAGAGAAGAAUUCACUGCUAUCUCCAAAUCAGUUUGCUUUCAGAAAACACAGAUCAACCCAGCAUCCUGUAACGUUGCUUUCGGACCAUAUUCGAGGACACAUGGAUAAAGGAGAAUUAACUGGAGCAGUAUAUAUAGAUCUAAGAAAAGCAUUUGAUACGAUAGACCACGGUCGUCUACUCUCGAAACUUCCAUGUUAUGGAAUCAGAGGAAGAGAAUUGAUCUGGCUUGAAAAUUAUUUGUUCGGAAGAAAGCAAUUUGUUGUGUUUGACUCGGCAACCUCCGAGGGGCACACUGUCCUUACUGGUGUGCCACAAGGAUCAGUGCUCGGUCCCCUUCUCUUCGUACUACUUAUAAAUGAUAUCGAUUUGCAAAUGAAAAACUGUCAAAUUCUUUUAUAUGCUGACGCAGUAGUUUACACAUCUGACAAGUCAUGUGAAGCUAUUGAAUCAAAUUUAAACUCUGAACUUACCAAUCUCGCGAGAUGGUUCUCUAAUAACAAGCUUGUUCUUAAUCUUAAGUAA